AUACAUAUCAACGUUUAGACACGCACACGCACACACACACACACACACAUAUAUAUAUAUAUAUUCAUACACGCAUGCACAAACACAUACGUAAAAUAUACAAACAGAUUAACAUUUCCGUACAUUGAGCAACACAAGUCAUAUAUAUUCCUGUGAGUGCGAGUGCGCGUGCGUGUAAGAUCGGUGGUUGUUUGCGAAGGAGAAGAAGAAGAAGAAGAAGAAGAAGAAGAAGAAGAAGAAGAAGAAGAAGAAGAAGAAGACGAAAGAGCUUUACCGCGCAGGUCGGCCACAGAUUGAACAACAUGUCUCCCGUGUAACGAUCGUCUGCUGGACAAGUCAUGUGAUAAAGAAGAACAGAGAAGAAGAUUAAGAUAGAAGAUAAAGAAGGGGAGAGAAAGUAAAGGAGGACAUUGGAUGUUGUUAUAUUAUUUCCGUGUGUUUCUCUCUACCUUACAAGUAUUUAUCUAUAGCAACGACGUUCUUUGUACCAAAUCGAAUGCAAACCUUAGCAAAGGCACAUUCAGGUCAAGAGGGAGCCUUCAAAAAAUUGAAGACUGAAGGUGGUACAGUGAGCAGCGGAAGUGCAGUGAGCAGUAUGGGUACAAGUUCAGGUCUAGGGAGUGGAGUACAGCACGGGAGUGCUACAACGGGCACAUGUCCAACACCGGCUCGACGGAGGCACCGGACGACCUUCACGCAAGAACAGCUACAAGAACUAGAGGCAGCCUUUGCCAAAAGCCAUUAUCCGGAUAUCUAUUGCAGAGAGGAAUUAGCACGAAUCACAAAACUAAACGAAGCCCGUAUACAGGUCUGGUUCCAGAACAGAAGAGCGAAAUACCGCAAACAAGAAAAACAGCUAGCGAAAUCUUUGUCGCCUGUCAUUCCAGCCUGUAACGGCAUGAUGCGGAAUAUAUACCCAACCUCAACUCGAACCUACGCCUACCCAACACCAUCCAGUGUUAACACAAUGACACGUUACCCUCAGAUGAACACUGCUUACCCCCCUGUCGCUCAGUUUUCACCCAUGAGCAGUAUGCAAACCACUAAUAUGACCACAGUUCCAAGACAAGUGCAACAGUUCCCUAUGACAUCCGACUAUAACCUGUACGUUUCGUUUCAGGAGAAUCACGAAGAUGACUGGUACAACAAAAGUCUGACUGCACUGCGCAUGAACAACACGCACCCGAGUUUGUCGAACCCAGUACUUCAGUACCAAGCCUAGAAACACACACACACACACUCUCACACAUGCACACACACACAUAUAAAUACUCACCUGCACACAUAUGUACAAUCUCUCUCUCUUCUCUCUCCCUCUCUUUCUCUCUGUUUUCCCAUCCCGAGGUUUACGUGUUCUCUUCAUCUAUAACAUCAAACACAGCCAGUGUAAUGCUUUCCUUCGCUAAAUACGUUUCAAUCAUUUUUUUUAUUUCUUUCUUUCUGACACAUUUUUCUUAUGUCAUAUUGUUUUGGAUUGCAUCAUGGGUAAAAAUUGAAAGCGAGGCCAAACUGCAGAAACAAAACAAAAUGUAUAAACAAAAUGUAUAAACAAAAUGUAUAAAUAAAUAAAUGACAAUAGCAAUUGGAAUGGAAUGUCCUGUAGGGCUUCUGCGGAAGGUCUGCCUCCCUUAGGGACAGGAAAGGUUAUCAGGAGGGUUUUAAGCACUUGAAAAAUAAUUGAAGGUGUAAAGGAAUACCUUAGGUUACAGGUAGUAACCAGGUAUCCACAUAAAGAAGUACGAAUAAGGAGAGGAAUAAGAACGAACCUGAGUCAAAUCAACGAUCAUAAUAAUAAUGAUAAUAAUAAUAAUAAUUGUAAUAAUAAUAAUGACGAUGAUGAUGAUGAGGAUGGGGUAUCACUUGAUAAUAAUAAUGAUUUCUAACAAUUUAUAACAACAAUAACAACGACGGUAAUGAUAAUAAUAAUAAUAAUAAUAAUAAUAAUAAUAAUAAUAAUAAUAAUAAUAAUAAUAAUAAUAAUAAUAAUAAUGAUGAUGAUGGUAACGAUAAUAAUAUUAAUAAUAACAAUCGUAAACCCUAAUGAAGCAAGUAAUAGUCAUAUGAGAUUAAUAACAAUAAUAGCAUAACUAUAAUCACUUAAAAUAAUAACGGAAGAAUGCUAUAGACUAUUAAAAUGAUGAUGAUGACGAUGACGACGGCGAUGAUUGUGAUGAUGAUGAAGAGGAUGAUAUUGCUCAUUAGCAUGAAAGAAAAUUUGAGAGGAUGUAUUAAUUGUCACUGAUAUUUGAGUGGUACCUACGAAUGAAAGAUGUUAUAACAAGAACACCACCACUAAUAAUAAUAAUAAUAAUAAUAAUAAUAAUAAUAAUAAUAAUAAUAAUAAUAAUAAUAAUAAUAAUAAUAAUAACAACUCCCACAUAAAGAAAGAAUAUGAUGGAAAACGUAAAACAAAAACUCACGAACAAAAAUUGGUAUAACACCCUCCCUUCGCAUGAACUACCCGUCAACCACCCGAAAUACCCCUUUAUAUAGCGCGGGGAGCGGAAUUAAAUAUAUAAAGGCUCUAUAUAAUGAGAGUAAGAAACACGUAUGAGAUUUUCAAGAAAUUGUUUAAAAAUGGAGGACGCACAGACAGACGCCAGCGCAAACGCGAAUACAUACACACACCUACAGAUGUACGCAUAAAAAUUCUAUUGGAGAGAAAAUAUGGAUAGGGAGAUAUACUACUUGAAAGUAUGGAUGAACAUAUUUAAGGAAACUGAAAUAAUGCCAAAUUUGAUAUCUAUUCUAGCUGGUGGGACAACAUUUCUUGGGUCUCACAUGACUCUAGACUGAUGAAGUGACCAAGAAUAUCACAAUGAUGACGAUGGUGGUGAUGAAGAUGAUUAUGUUGAUGACGACGACGAUGAAAAUGUUGACGAUGAUGACGAUGAUGAUGAUGGUGGUAAUGGUGAUGAUAAAGUAUAGAUAUAUUUUAUAAUUCUGCCUUGCUAUCGCA